AUGCUACGAAUCCACGAUCCAAGACUAGUCACGAGGACCGUGCUUUUGGGUGGCAGACUGUGUGCUGGCCGGCCGGUGUCUCUGAACUAUGCUCUGGGCUUACGCUUCAAUUCUUCGGCCCCAAAAUCCACCAUCUGGCAGAAAGUAAAGCAUGAGGCCCAACACUACUGGGCAGGUACCAAGCUGUUGGGCAUGGAAAUCAAAAUCUCGUCCAAAUUGGUGCUCAAAGCGGCUUCUGGUUACGAGCUCACAAGAAGAGAAUACAGACAGCUACAGAGAACCACCUCGGAUGUUCUUCGAUUGUUCCCGUUUGCCAUGUUUGUGCUGAUUCCGUUUGCCGAACUGCUUUUACCCGUUGCCCUCAAACUAUUCCCAAAUCUGCUACCUUCCACUUAUGAAUCCAAGACCGACAAAGAGAAGAAUCUCAAGAAGUUGCGGACUACGAGAACUAAGGUGAGUGAAAUCCUGAGGACCCAGGCCAAACAUAUAAAACUUCCUUCCACCAUUACCGAGGAACAGCGUGCGGACUACAAGGAUUUCUAUUUGAAAUUAAAAAGCGGCCGCUCUCAUGAGAUCAGCAAAGAGCAGCUACUGCGUGUGGCUAAGCUCUUUAAAGACGACUUAAUUCUGGAUAAUGUUUCGAGAGGUAUUUUAAUUGCCAUGGCAAAGUACAUCAAUCUACGCCCGUUUGGCACCGACCAAAUUUUGCGGUACCGUAUCCGGCACAAGAUGCUCAAGAUCAAGAAGGACGACAAGCUAAUUGACUACGAGGGUGUCAAGUCCCUAUCUCCGGCAGAACUUCUAGUUGCUUGUGGCUCUCGUGGAAUUCGUACUGCAGAUACUCCCCCUGAGAGAUUGCGCGAGCUGCUGCAGAUCUGGCUUGAUAUGCGAUUACGUGAGAAAAUCCCGUCCACCCUAAUGAUCCUUGCUAACGCAUAUUCGUACGGCAACACUGAGAACUACUCUCAUUACGAAGCACUGAAAAAUGUUCUAAACUCGCUGCCUGAAGAGUUCUACCACGAGCAGGAGUUGCAUGUUGAUGAUGAGAAGGCCACUUUUGAGCAACGUAUGAAUGUGCUGAAAGAGCAGGAGCAUUUGAUUGAGAGCGAGAAUGUGGAGGAAAAGGACCAGAAGGUUAUUGUCAAGGACAAGCUGAGUUUGGACGAUGAAGACAAGAAACCGGAAGAGGAUGAGAAGAAACCGGAAGAAAAGUAG